AAGCUUUCGAUUUUCAUGGGUGGUUUUGACGAUCAUGGUGGGAUAAUUGGCGAUUGGAGGCCUCCGAGCCCUAGCCCUAGGUCUUUUUUUGCAGCUAUGUUGGGGGAUGAUCCUGGUUCAAGAUCAGUACCCGACCCUCCAAAAAACGAUACCAAUAAUGACACCGGGUUCACUUUCCCUGGACCAAAUCCCCAAAUCGGGUCUGAAAAUGGCGAUGCGACAAAAUCAAGUGAGUUUGGUGAUCAAAAAACGAGCUCAAGGGCACAUCUUGUUGAAAGAAUGGCAGCUAGAGCUGGUUAUAAUGCUCCUAGGUUGAAUACAGAGAUUAUAAAAUCUUCUGAUAAUUCACAAACUCAACAAUCUCCAUAUUUAUUUUCACCUGGUGUUAGCCCAACUUCUUUUCUGGAAUCACCUGUUUUCCUUUCCAACUCAUUGGUUCAACCAUCUCCAACUACUGGAAAGUUCCAAUUUGUUCCAAAUGGUAAUGGUAGAAGCUCCAUGAUGUUCUUGGAUUCCUCUAAUAGGGUUAAAGAAAAUUUCUUUGAGGACACUAAUAACACUUCUUUUGCCUUUAAGCCUUUCCCAGAUUCAGCUCCUGUAUCCCGUGAUCAUGUGAAUCCACCUUUCAUGUCUACCAAUCUUUUCAACAUAAUGAAACUCUAG